AUGUCUCCCGUACAAGCUGGAUACGCUCAGUCAACCCCCUUUGACGAGGGCUACCUGCCCGUGGGCGACAUCCACCAGCUGUUCUACCAACAGUACGGCAAAAAGGAUGGAAAACCAGUAAUCUACCUCCACGGCGGCCCCGGCGGCCACACCUCCAGCAGCAACACCAUCUACUUUGACCCCGCCGUGUACAGAAUCGUACUCCUCGACCAACGCGGCGCCGGCAAAUCACUUCCCCCUGCCGAACUGCGCGACAACACUACCUGGCACCUAGUCGCCGAUAUUGAGUCCCUGCGUGAACACCUAGGAAUUGACAAAUGGCACAUGGCCUUUGGCGGCUCAUGGGGGUCGACACUGGCACUGUGCUACGCGCAAGCACAUCCACAGCGAGUCGGCUCGCUCGUGCUCAGAGGCAUCUUCACCGUGCGCCGCUGCGAGCUCGAAUGGUCGCGCAACACUGAUGGCCCUGCGGCACUACUGUUUCCGGACUUGGUGCAGGAUUUUAUUAAUCAUAUACCAGAAGAGGACCGCGCAGAUCCCUAUGCGGCGUAUCAUCGGUUGCUAACGGCUGAGAUUCCGGCGGAUGAUGAAGAGGCGCGUUUGAAGCGGUUGAAUGCAGCCAAGGCAUGGAAUGCAUUUGAGUUGGCUACGGGCAGUCUGAAACCAGACACGGAUAGCCUGAACGAUCAACUCGAGGACGAGCCGUGGUUGUUGGCGCAUGCGCGGUUGGAGAUUCAGUAUUUUGUCAAUGCGGCCUGGUUGGAAGAGGGCCAGUUGCUGCGCAAGGAGAAUUUGGAUAAGAUGCGCCAUAUUCCGACAACUAUUGUUCAAGGCCGGUAUGACCUUGUCUGUCCGCCCAAGACUGCCUGGGAUUUGCAUCAGGCAUUGCCCGAGUCGCGGCUGUAUUUUAUUCAGACUGCUGGACAUAGUGCAAAGGAACCUGCCACGGAGGAAAAAUUGGUGCAAGUUUGUGACGAGUACAGUAAAUUGGAUUUUUAG